AGGGCCAUAACGAGUAAGCCGCGGAUAAAGGAGACGGGAAAACACUCGGCAGUGGGUCGUGACUACUACGGGCUUGUUCAACGUGACACUGUUUCCCCGUGGACUCGUAUGAGGCUGUCAGAAACACGGCGACACUGUUCUCCGCCGCUGUCGCAGGCGAUACUUCACUUGGGUUUUUUUGUUUUUUUUCCCAUUGCCGGAAAGUUCGCUGUUCCCGAUUUCAGGAUUUGACUUUGCGACGUAGACGCCGAUGGACAUGGCAAUGGCUACACCAUCCACAUCAACAGCAGCAGUAGCAGUGUCUGAUUCAGAGGUCCCCUGCCUGGGCAGCAUAGAGGACCUGAAGCUGAAGGUGGGGCCAGUACGGAGGAACCUGUUUGGGCCAGUGGACCACCACCAGCUGCAGCAGGACUUCCAGAGGUUGCUCUGCAUGAGUGUGGAGGUGGCUAACAAGCGGUGGAACUUCGACUUCCAGAGCGACCGGCCCGGACAGGGCUCCACCAUGGAGUGGGAGGAGCUGAAGUACCAGGAUGUCCCUCGGUUUUACCGCAGCUGUACAGUGAGGCGCAUGGCCGGGUCCGGAGGUUGGCCAAAGACCCCCAGGCGACCCUCAUCGGGAGAGAGCUCCCCUGCCUCCAGCAGCUCUUCCAGUUCUGGGGAUGAAUAUAUUGAGGUGACCGCCAGGGGGUGCUACAUUCUCCAACGGCCGAAUAAACGCAAGCAAGCCAUAAUCACAGAUUUCUUCAAGGUGAAGAGAAGGAGGCUUCUGAAUUAUAAAGGGUCGACUCGGCUGUAGAGACCCACCAAGAGCCCACUGCUGCACCACUUUGUGGUCAAUAAGCCUCUACAAAUCACCUCACAUUGCGAAAACUGUCAUAUCACAAAUACUAUAUAAAUCUAUACACAUGUAGCAAUUUUUAACUGACUUUCAUAAGACUCCAGACAAAAGGGGCUGCAAAACUCCUCCGACACCACAUACCUUAUUUGUUUCAGCACAAGGAAGCUACAAUUAUCCCAGUUAACUAAACCUGGACCUUUGAAAUGGUUUUUGUACAUAUUGUUCAAUAUUUUAUAUGCUAUUUUCAGAGCUUAUAUUCUCAGCUUUUAAUUAUACUGUGAAAUUAUUUGAGUGCACUCUUUCUGAAUUGACCUCUUAAAGGCCUGUCUUGGACCACAAGAGGUUAAUUCUUUCCUGAGAGGGGCUCGGAUAGUGUUUUUCUAAGUCCUGACCUCAGUCCUCCAUCCCUUUCUUUCCCCCUCGCUGAGCUCACGGGAGUGUUUCAAUUAGAAGGGUCACUAUUCCCGGCCUCACUCCACACCUCAUCUUUAGUCUCACCCCACGGCUCCGAAAGCAUUUUGCCCACACGGGUCGGAGCAGGGGUCAAAACUUCAGCGAGGGUCAAAUUAGCAGUACGACUGUGAUUAGCUCUUGGUCAGAGGUCAACGGUGGAGUCUCAACAAUGAGGUAAUCUGACUGUGCCUGUGCGACAGGGACUUAAUUGCAAAGUAGUAAUAAUAUUUUUUCAUACAGUAUUUAUUUAUUGUUCACGAUGCUAGAUCAUCGUCAAAAUAAAACUAAAAAAUGAAAAUAGGCGUAAGCAAUGUGCAAAAUGAGGUAAAAUAAGGUGCUUGUGGAAACCUGUGCCACUGCCCCGACAUUAGAGAGUUGAAAAUUGAAGUCAUUACGGCUGAAGAACACUCCACCGUUGCCACUCUGUUUGGAAAUGCAAAAACUUUGGCUUCUGUCCAUCAAACCUAAGAAGGCAAGCAAAAUCGUACAGAAAAUGCAAAUUAUACUUUGCGCCGGAAGUAUAACUUUAUUCCCUUUUUUUGCUUUGUAUUAUUCGCACCGUGGGGUUGUAAAAACCUAUACAGGUUUUUUUUUUUUUGUUUUUUGGUAAUGGACCAUAAUACCUUAUGACAACUUGUAUUUUUGUCAGCUUGAUGCUUUUAACAAUGUAGCAUUUUCCACUUCUUGUCUCUGUAUAUUGGCAAACCGAGCGGUUUGAACACACUCUUUCUCUCUGAAGGGUAUGUAGUGUCAGUACUAUAAAGAGUGGUUUAUAUCGGUGUCGCAGCUCCGACAAAUCAAACGCAGUUCCUUUUCCUGUCUAGUUUAUAUGAAGCGUCGAGCUGCGUCACACCUCUGUUGUUGGUGCAGCUUCAGGAGAGGAUGCUGUGUGUGUUGCGUACGUCUCGUCUCUGCUUGUGUGUGUGUCUGCAUUGGUGCAUGGACACUGAGGCUUUCGCACAUCGUAAAUGAAUCGUCGCAGCAGCUGUGGCAGUUGAACCAAAGAGAACUAGCCAAGCUAUUUCCACAGAAAGACAUCAAAUGGAAGUCGGUGACUGGCUGCCGCUUCUACGACAAGCUGUGGGCUGCAACAUGUCUCCAACCCACCACGCUCUUCCGGUACAUCACAUUCAAAUACACUACAGAGGUUAAACCCACGACUAGACAUGACAUUUGAUGUGUUUUUUUUGUGUUUUUUUUGGGGUUCCUGUUAGACCUAAAAGUGAACCUUACUUGUUAAGCCAUCCGCCAAGGGAGCAGUCAAGUAGGAAGUGUCUACUUCUUGUUUAAUUUAACAGUAAUUGUUGUUAUUAGGAUAAACAGCCAUAGUCUGGAUUACUGCCUACCUCAUCAUGCGACUGAGCAAAAUGUUUGUGCUAGGUUUUACGGAAAUUUUGAAAUUAGAAAGUGAAAUACAAAAGCCAUUCCAGCUCAGCAGUUGCGUCUUGUCAUCCACAGACAAAGAUGGAGAGUAGGGAGAUGGAGGGGCAGAGACAAGCAGGGUGGGACGCGGGUCUUUAUUUCUGUUGUGGUAAAAGAUUUUGACGCUUGGCUCAAAGUUUAGAGUUUCACAUCAGGUAAAGGAGUCAGUGUGUCAGCGUGCAGGCCCCCGCGCCCUGCAGAGGAAACGCCCAGCCCCUUUGGGGAGCCAAAGAGCUUUGUUGUCUCUGGCACUCGCUCGCUCGCUCUCUCCCGCUCUUUCUCUCUGACCUCCUUUUCUUUGACAGCUUGCCCAGAAAUAGACAGAACAGGGAGUAGAGGCGGUUCUGCACCAGUGAAGUCUCCAACCACUUGUGUCAAAGUGGCCCGUGGCACGCACGACUUUUCACUACUCUUAUGCAGUCCCUUCAGAGUCUACCUCUCUCUCUCUCUCGACAACUGCCUGAGUCGCUAUGUAAAAAUUAAGUAUUUCUCUUUCUGUGGUUUAUCCUGUCAACACCAUGUUAAAUUCCGUUACUCUGUGGGGUUACACUACCCAUUCGUUAAGUUCAAAUCAUGUUUUAAAGUUGUUUAGAUUACACGUUCACUUGAUUAUUUUUGCCCAUUUAUGGUCAUUUGCGUGUGUGUGUUUGUGUGUCUUAUCCUUUCAGUGUGUUCAAGCCGAAUCUUUUAAGAGUUUAUAUUAAGUUAUUUUGAUUUUUUUUGUAGGGAAAUAAUUGUAAAUGCCCCUUUUUUUGCCAUAACUAACUGUGUUGUUGCUGUUUUUUGGUUUUUUAAAAAAUAUAUCUUUGCACUACUUUAAAGAUAAUGACAAGAGUUUUAUCUUUUUUUUUGGUGUUCUGGAGAGUUUAAGUGGUUUGAAUCUCGUAAUGUCCCUGCAAACUCUGCAGAAGUCAUGCACUGAGGCAUAGGCUGCAGGUUUGAAUGGUAAAAUAUACCGCAGGCUUUAUAUACACUUACGCCAACAAAUUCCCUCCAUCUUAGAAACGCCAAAGGCAUUUGUUAAAGUCAUCAUGGGUUUUUUUUUUCUUUUCCCUUCCUCAACCAACUGUGGGGAAAAUUACAACAGUGCUCCAGUUUCCUGAAGGUUACAGCAUUGUCAAGGCCAGGGUCAUGGCUUCACCAUCUUCAUUAAAGAUGAAAGUUAUCCAAUUGAGUUGUAUCUAAUGAGAACUGGUUGUCCAAAUCUGGCCUGCGGCCUGUGCCUCACUGAGCCAUAGACAAAUAUUGCUUUCCAAAUUUACCUGUCACAGCUACAUUGAAAAUAUAGUAUUCCUUAUGUUGUAUGUGCAUGAGUGGACGGUAAUCUUUGCAUAUAGUUUUGCAAUAAUGUUAUGGAAAUUUAAUACGGGGUCAUGUCUUUGCGACAUUUUAUAAGAAGUGUAACUGUACGGGAACAGAAUAUCUGAUUUGGCAAUAUUUGUAUAGAAAAUAUAAAGAGAUUCCAUUACUGGUUUGUUGGUGCACUGUUGCCUUUUGUAUAGUUAAUUUCUUACAGUGUGCUCAAAAUAUAAUAUUAAUAAAUGAUACUGACGUAAACCACACUAUCAGUUUGAUGUUUUGUUUUGAUGAGGAUGACAGCCGAUGAGCGUAAACGUGAG